UCUUGGGAACCUAAUCCUUACGUUGAUCUAUUUCGUCGGAUCCAUUGCUCAGUCGUGCCUCCUCGGCUUUCUCUCACUGUGUAUUUUUGCAUGAAGGCAUUAUUUCCCCAGUCCCCUCUAGGAAUCGGAGGCGGCACACACACACACACCCACUGUGGUUGUGAAGUUGCGCGGGGGAUAAGAUCCUCGGAACCAGUACUCAUAUAGCUCCACCUCUGUCCCUUGCAGUCCAGGUCCACUCUGAUAACUUUUUUCAGAGCAGUUAUCCUCUCAAGUGGCCUUGAUCAUCAACGGUUGUUCACCGGCCACGGAAUUAUGGAUUUCGUGCAUGGAGGUGAAGGCGUCGAGAUUAGAUGGUGCGAUUGCUUGGUCGAUCGUCUCCAGGAAAGUUAGUUCGGAGCCUGGACUCGAAUCUAUGAGUGGAUUUGGGUGCACAGCAUUGGCCAUUUGAGCUGUGACUGUAGCUGGGUGAUUUGUGAAGUUUGUAUUCUGGAGUGUUGGUAUUCCGCAAUGGUUCAGAAUUGCUUGCCGAUGUUGCUAGCAAUGGGGGCCACUGGGAAAGGAUGGGUGAUCUCUCUGCUCGUAAUCACGCUUGCGUUUCAUGUCGGUGGACAAGCUAUUGUGCCUCCAGUCUUGCCGCCGACGGGUACGGUACUUCCUCCUGAUGCACUGCCGCCAAUGGAGAUGGCGCCAGCUCCUGCACCAAGCCUGGAGGAUCUUUUCCCCCCUUGUCAAGGUGUUCUGGCCGUGUAUACCACUACCUUUACAAAAAAGAUUUAUCCGUAUCUCAAUGAGACACCGUGGAUUCAGCCCUACAGCUUUAUGGCGUUGGCUUCACUGACAAAUAUGGGAUACUCUACCGUCGAAAACUGGGAAAUGGGAAUUACGUACCAGCACAACGAGAUUUUAGUGGACGCAGGAACUGCCGUCUUGGCAGAUGGGCGGAAAAUGCCCGUGGAUGUGUCUAAUGGAACCAUUUUAACGGGAUCUAUGCCUGAGGAUAUUAAGAAUGCUAUUGAGACUGCGGGAAACCUCAAGCUUAUCCAGAGAGUUAUUCCCUUAGUUGGUACAGAGUUCGGGAUCAAGACUGACCCCAUGCCUAAGAGUAUAAACAUAACAAACAAGGAUUAUAACUGCAGUAUUCCCACCAUGAAAGGAAACAACACAAUGUACACUUGUUGCUUGGAGAAGAAUAGGAAUGUUACCUUGACGGAUGACGAAGAGAAUUACUUGCCAGAAGAAAAGGGAAAUAUUACUAUUUUGUAUGAUGUUACUCAGACUUACAAAGAAAACUACAUGGCAAUGGUGCAAAUUACGAAUAAUAUGCCAGUUACUCGCAUUGAUCACUGGAAUCUUUCCUGGACCUGGGCAGAGGGUGAAUUCAUUAACACGAUCAUGGGCGCUCAAACGUUCGAGGCAGACAUCAAGCGCUGUGUGAGAGGUCUCGCGGGUAGGACAUAUGCGGGCGCUCCAGAUGUGAACAAAGCUGCCUGCUGUUCAGAGAAACCGAUCAUUCUUGAUUUACCCACUGAUAGAACUAAUGAUACAAACAUUGGUGGGAUCAAGAAUUGUUGCAAGAAUGGUACAAUAUACCCAGCUAUCAUAGACCCUAAGAAGACGACCGCUGCGUUUCUGAUGAACGUCUACAAGGUACCGCCUGGCAACGAUGAUGUUACUUACUUGAAGCCUCCCCAUGAAUUCAAGUUUGGCGAUGGAGCGAACACAACUGACGGAUACUAUACCUGCGGGGAGCCCCGUCUGAUUAAACCUACAGUCUACACGGAUCCCUGGAAUAGCCUCAUUCAUCAAAGAUCGGCUGUGAAGACUUGGCAGGUGACUUGCAAUAUCACCGCUGCAGUGAAGAGAACCCCAAAGUGCUGCGUUUCGUUCUCAGCAUACUUCAACGAUUCCGUGGUUCCAUGCAGAAAUGGUGCUUGUGGUCAUCCUCUAAAACCGGCUUCGCUUGUGUAUGGUACUGAAGAAAAUGCAACCAGGUGCAGCAAAGAUGCACCAGCAAUGCUGCUUCCUUACGGUGCUCUUACCCUUGCCCCAGUGAAUCGAACCGAAAAAAUGAAGGCGUGGGCGGCGAUCAACCGUAAACCAAUCCCAAACCCUCUUCCUUGCACGGACAACUGCGGCGUUAACGUGAAUUGGCACAUUGUCUCCGACUUCACGAAGGGAUGGAGUGCUCGGCUGACGCUUCUGGGCUGGUCUAACAUCACGUACCCUGACUGGUACGUCGUCGUUGAAAUGCCAAAUGCCACGAGAGGAUUGCAGGAAGCGUACACCAUGAACGCUACCAGAUUGCCUCUCUUAAACAAUAGCAAUGGUGAUCCGAUGAUCAAUAAUACCUUUGUUCUCACGGGUCUGGAGGGGUACAACAACUACUUGAUGCCUGCACAGAACCUCACCUCAGGUAAGAUUCAAUCCGUCAUUUCCUUCACUAAAGACGGCACUCCGGGGAUUGAAGUUCCCCUCGGAGGCGGCUAUCCUAGCAAAAUUUGGUUUAACGGAGAAGAAUGUGUCCUUCCCGACACCAUACCGACUAAUGGGUCGCGGCGAUUGUCGCCGUCGGUCAGCCUCGUCCUCCUACUGCUGUCGUUCCUGUGCCAGCUGGUGUUUAUACUAGGGUCCCUUUGAGUUGUGAACAAUCGAAUUGGGUAGUGCACAUUCCAUACAGUCAGUUCGGUAUAGCAGAUUUGAAUUUGCAGCAAAUGCUGCAGUUGGCAAGGAGGUAGCAGCUGUGGACAAGUACCUUCUUCAUUCUUUAGGAAGCGUCAGCUUCCUUUGAGUUGUAUAGUAGACAAACAGUAGGAAGUUUUGAACAUUGGAGGAUGAGGUACUUGUCCUUCUUCUUCAGAGUCUGCUCGUUGGAAGCCCCGUGGAGUGUUGCAGUGAAGUACUAGUGGCAAGGAACGGUGGGUGUGCCUCUUUUGUCUAACAGAUCUCUUUGCCAAUAGAUUCUCAUCCCGCCUUAUCAAUCUACCCCACAGUACAUCAUUGAGAAGGAUACUAUCCUUUUUCGCUUUUUCUUCCUCCUGCUUAGAAUAGUCGACAAGUUCAGAACUUCGCGUUAUUGUCAACCUUAGAAUCUGUGAGCUGCCUCUACAGUUGUACCAUUUCACUGUGAAUUACAUGACACUGUACCUUCUGAAUAAACCAAGAGUUGAUGCAAUGAAUAAGGGAUUGUUGA